UUUUCACACUCCAGAAAAAGAAGCCAGGAACCAAGCAGCAAAAGACCCGUACGUCCUUUCCACUCGACUCCUCCACUUCCCAAAUGUGAGCUUGCCGUCGCUUAGGUAUCGCGCCCAACCCCUUCGAUCCAUCCCUCUGAAGCGCUGGCCAUCCCGGGGAGCUCGCCGCCAUGGCCCGCCGCAGCCGCAGCCAGGUGCUGGUUGACCUCGACAGCGACGAAGGUGACGCUUGGUAAUGGCCAGGGAUUUUAGGAUCAUUGGUGUCUCAGAACUCUUGAUAACCGUACGUGCGACGUGAUUGCUAUAAAUCAAUGAUAUUUAGGAUUAGUAUCUGGAUCUAAAUCAAGGCCACUCAAGCUUCAUAUGUGUAUGCAGUGGCUUCUUAUUAGUUUGACACAUUCUGGCAAUGGGGCUAAAAUUAUAAAUUUACUGGCACAUAUAUUAUGCUAAAAGAUAUGCUUGUUUCUGCAGAGUGCAAAAACAAGCCCUCUCGAGCGAGCAGAAGAGCAACCAUGAACACAUCGGGGAGCUCCCAAAAUGUAUUACCCUCGUUUGAUGGUAACCUCCCUCCAAAAAGAAGUUCAAAGCGCAUUGCAAUUAGCAAGAGGGACAAAACCAACCAAGACAAGUUGGACACUGAAAUUUUUGAAUUGUACAUGGAGGAUCUGUGGAAGCGAAUAGAUGAAGAUAAGAAGAGUGCAUAUGCAUACUUCGAUUCACUGUGGUUUAACAUGUACAACAGGGGGGAUAAGAAAUCAAAUGUCCUUAAGUGGAUAAAGGCUAAGAAGAUAUUUGCAAGACAAUAUGUUUUUGUCCCUAUUGUCUGUUGGGGACACUGGAACCUCCUUGUCUUAUGCAAUUUCGGUGAGACGAGCUACUCGGAUACUAAGAAAAAACCACGAAUGCUUCUGCUGGAUUCACUUAAAACGACAAAUCGAACAGAGUUGCAGUCAACAAUCAGAAGUUUCAUUGCUGAUAUUUUGAAAACUGAAGAGCGGGAAGACAAUGAGCUGUUCAUAAAAAAAGUCCAUCUUGAGUUUCCUGAGGUGCCACAGCAAACUGGGGAGGAAUGUGGCAUAUAUGUUCUUUUCUUUAUCUACUGUUUUCUUCAAAAUGAAAAGUUGGGAGAAGACUUCAGCCAGCUGUCUAAGGAUGUCAUGUUCAAUCCAGAGGAACUAGAGAAAUUCCACAAGGACAUCCGUUCGUUCCAAGCGAGUAGGAAUGCAAAAAUGGCAGAGUAGGGCUGCUGGAUUGCCAGAUUGCACCAAGUAUACUGCUUAUUAGUUAUUACCAAAUCAUUUCACCUUCUCAUAUGAUCUUAGGUACCAUCAUACCGUUACCUAUGUACAUGUGAAUCCCGAGGUUCAUUUUCACUGGUGGCUAACUUCGAUGAAUUUUAUGCUAACAAUCAGGACGAAAAUGGCUAAUUGAGUAAUUGUUCAAAUGGAGAGCUUCUGGGACAGUGAUCAGAACCUAGUACGUAUUGAGAUUAUUAAUACCAUAAAUUCUAUGUGUGCAUUGAGAAUUGAGAUGGUACGAAUCCUGAGAUUACCCGUAUGCUGUGUGAGAUGUUUCAUGCUGUGUGAGAUGCCAGUACGGCAGUACCCAAUUAUUCAGUUAACCUGAGCUAUA